UUAAUCUAUGUCAAAUUGAUUUUUGUUGAGUGUAAGUCAGGAAUCCAGCUUUAUUCUUUGACAUGUGAAUAUGCCAUUUUCCCAGCACUAUUUAUUGAAGAGGAUAUCUUUUCUCCAUUGAGUAUUCUUGACCCCUGUGUCAAAUAUUAGUUGACCAUAUAUGCAUAGGGUUAUUUCUGGGCUCUCGAUUCUGUUCCAUUGGUCUGUGUGUCAGUUUUUAUGCCAGUGCCACACUGUUCUGAUUACUCUGGCUCUGUCAUUUGGCUAGAAAGCAGGAAGUGUGCUGUAUCUUGCUUUUGUUCCCUCUCUUUCUUCAUUUCCUUCAUCGUCCUGUGAGAGGUUUGUCAAUUUUAUCGAUCCUUUCAAAGAAGCAACUUUUGAUUUGAGUUUCUCUAAUCUGUCUUGUCAGAAAUUUCAUUGAUUUCCAUUCUUAUACUUUAGUAAAUUCUUAUUCUUCCUAGGGAUUUUGAAAUUCUUUCCAUAGGCUUCAACAUCCUUUUAACUAGAUGAAAGCCAGUGAAAAUUCCAAAGAAUGUAUCCCUCCCCGUGGUGGAAAUACUUAGGUUUUAGCAAAUGUCUGCUUUUCAAAAGUACACGAACACUUGCGAGGAGAGCACAUGCUAGCCACACAUGGAUUGUCCUUACAAUUAUGCUUGAGAACAGAUAUAAAAAGUCAGCAGGGGGACACCUGGGUGCCUCAGCAGUUGAGCACCUGCCUUCGGCCCAGGGCGAGAUCCUGGAGUCCCGGGAUCAACUCCCACAUCGGGCUCCCUGCAUGGAGCCUGCUUCUCUCUCUGCCUAUGUCCCUGCCUCUCUGUGUGUGUGUCUCUCAUGAAUAAAUAAAUAAAAUCUUUUUAAAAAAUGUCAGCAGGGAAUCACCAUGGUUGACUGCAGGGCAUCAUUUUGCAUUAUAGGUCAUGUGGACGCCAUAACGGAUCACGCUUCUAAGACCCUGAUCAUAUGCCAUCAGUCUUCUGAGCUCUUGGAAACGUAUUAUCUCAUUUAAACCACAGAACCAUCCUAGGGAGUAGAGCUCAUUGUUGCCCCCAUUUAACAGACCCAAGGGCCAGGUGGAGCUAUGAGCACCAACUACACCUCCAUGGAUCCACUCCAGAAGUGUAACCCAACACUGAUUUCGGAAUCUUCCCCAGUGAUCUCUGAAGAGACUUCCCGGGAAGUCACAGCAGCCUCCCCUCCUUCCUUCUCAGAACUGCUGAUGAUGGGCCUCGGGGACCUCAAAAGCAGUCCUGGCCCCAAAUACCCUGCCCCUCUGCCAGAGGGGCUGCUCCAGCAGCAGUACAGGGAUGACAAGACCCUACAGGAGAGGCGCUGGGAAAGGUCAGCAUCCCCUCAGAGGAAGAGAACACUUCUGGGGCACAUGAGACGGCGACACCUUGAUCACGUGGCACCUUAUCGGGUUGAAAGAAAUGCCAGGAUCUCUUCAUCAGGUGAUAGAGAUCAGAACGGAUUCCGAUGUGAAUGUCGAUACUGCCAGAGCCAUAGGCCCAAUGUCUCUGGGAUGCCUGCAGAGAGGAAAGGGGCCCCACAUCCUUCCUCCUGGGAAACGCUGGUGCAGGGCCUCAGCGGCUUGACCCUCAGCCUGGGGACCAACCGGCCUGGCCUUCUGCCUGAAGGGGUGCUCCAACAGCAGGAGAGAGAGGAGAAGCUCCAACUGGAGAUGCAGCAGGAAAGCAAAAGAAUGUUUCAGAGGCUCCUAAAACAGUGGUUGAAGGAAAACUGAGGCUCUCAUCCUCAUGUAGCAGAGAUCUGAGUGGAUUUGGACAUGGUUGCCGGUGUUGCCAGAUCCUGAGCCCGGAUUCCUGUUGGGGACCAAACAGGAAGCAAUCAGAGAAGGUAGAGAAAUAAGAGCAGUGUGAGGACUGAAAACUCUGUCAGUGUGAGCAUGGAUCCAAUCCCAGGAAGGUCUUACUUUUUCCUGCCUGGAGUUUCUGGAUCACCGUGGGGCUUUCUAUGGAACACUGCAUACCAGAGGUCCUUAACUUCUGUAUUAUGGCUCCCAUGAUGCAUGUUGUCACUUUCCCACCCCAGAUCUCUGUCUCUCCUCCCUGCCUUGUUGUCAAUAAGAUACCAGGUUUCUCUGUAGCAUGAAUGCCCUGUUGAUGGCCAUGUGCUUUUGUGCCAUUUCACUGACUGCCUCCCAGAAGCAACACUAGUUCUGCCGGAAUGCAGCGUGUGCUCAACUGAGAUCCACUUCCAAGAAUCUGAUGCUAAACAACGUGCAGAAAGGGACGCGGGACUGGAACGUGGUGUUUCACCAUUGUGUUAUCUGUGUAAGCCAUUAUGAAUAUGCUGAGCUAACUGUAGAUCAGUGUUUCCCUGCUUUGUAACAUUGAUUGUAUUCUCCUUGGCGGAGUUUCUGAUGGGUUACCUCAUUGUGCAUACCUAAUAAAUAUACAUAAGAAAGGAAAAUA